AAAAAACUCUCAAUAAUUCAUCAAAUUUCAUUAAUACCUCUGACACUCAAAACAAUAAGAGUCCAUAGAGUGCAUUUUAGCAAUUUAUAGAAGAUCAGUGGUAUUUUGGUGGCCUAACCUUUAUAUAAAGUAGUGUGCAGAGUUCUCAAUUUACACAUGGGGACAAACAUGACUCUCUUUCAGGGGAAGUGGAUCAAGUUGACACCCAAAGCCGAUGGCCCCUGCGCAAGGAGCUCGCACGCCGUGGCCGUUGUCAGGAGGAAGGCCUAUGUGUUUGGUGGCGAACUCGAGCCACGCGUCCCUAUCGACAACAAAUUACAUGUCUUCGACCUCGACACACACUCUUGGUCCAUUGUGGAUGUCUCAGGAGACGCUCCACCACCUCGUGUCGGUGUCACCAUGGCUGCUGUCAAGGACAAGAUCUAUGUUUUUGGUGGUCGAGACGGAACCCACAAAGAACUCAAUGAGUUCUACUCGUUCGAUACGGUAACCAAUGAAUGGCAACAAUUGUCAUCUGGAGAGGAGGGCCCCCCUGCUCGAAGCUACCAUGCCACGGCCUCAGAUGAUCAACAUGUGUACAUCUUCGGAGGGUGCGGUGUAGAUGGAAGGCUCAGUGAUUUGUGGGCUUAUGAAGUUGAUUCAGAUAAGUGGGUAAAAUUUAAGCAACCUAGUCAUGUUUUAAAGGGGAGGGGUGGUCCAGGCCUAGCAGUUUCAAUGGGAAAAGUAUGGGUCAUAUAUGGAUUUUCGGGAGAAGAAUUAGACGACGUGCAUUUUUACGAUCUGGAAGCCCAAGAGUGGGGCCAUGUCGAGACUAAGGGGGAGAAGCCGAGCCCAAGGAGCGUGUUUGCAACUGUUGGAUUCGGGAAUCACAUCUUGAUCUACGGCGGAGAGGUCGACCCCAGUGAUCUAGGGCACUUGGGGGCUGGGGCCUUUACUGGUGAUAUGUAUAGCCUGAACACGGAGACGCUGACAUGGCACAAGUGGGAAACAAGUGGGGACCACCACCCAGGGCCGAGGGGCUGGUCUGCUUUUUCGAGUGCUGGAGAGGGGAUGCUGGUUUAUGGGGGGAACUCACCCUCAAAUGCUAGGCUUGAUGACAUCUUCCUUUGUGUUCCCUCUUUUGGCUAGAGAUGAGAUAGAACAUAAGGGGGAAAUGUUUGUUCACUUUGAUCAUUUGCUUUCUAUGUAUGGGGGAACUCAUCCUCAAAUGUUAGGCUUGAUGAUAUCUUCCUUUUUGUCCCCUCUUUUGUUUGUCAUUUUAAACAUUUUGAUCAUUUGCUUUGUCAUUUUGAUCAUUUUCUUUGUAUUGAGGAACUCAUCCUCAAAUCCUAGGUUUGAUGAUAUCUUUCCUUUAGUUCCCUCUUUUGGCUAGAGAUGAGAUGGAAACAUAUGGGGGAAUGUUUGCCAUUUUGAUCCUUUGAUUUCUAUGUAAAUGGUUUGUAGUAUGCAGAAGUUGGGUUGAAUGUGACC